AUGGGCACCAGGCAAGUGGUCAUGCUCGCUCCUGUGUGGGGGCUGCUGGGCUGCUGUCUCCUCUGUGGCUGGGCUCUGGGGGGUCUGCGGCCCCUCCGCUCUCUGCCCCCGCCGUCCUCCCAAGUCAGGCCAGGAUAUGUACCCAAGUGGGUGGCCCCGGAGGGGGCUGAAGCAGCCCUGGCUUUUCUCUACUCUGGAGAUGCUCAACAGCUGUUGGGGGCGAAUUGCAGCGAGCGCUAUGAAGCCCAAGGGGCAGAAGCCAGUCCAGGGCUUCCCCCUGUCUUAGGGAGGGCAGCGGGCACCCUGACCCAGGCCGCCAACUUCCUCAACAUGCUGCUGCAAGCCAACGACAUCCGCGAGUCCAGUGUGGAGGAGGACGUGGAGUGGUACCAGGCACUGGUCCGCAGCGUGGCCGAGGGGGACCCAAGGGCAUACCGGGCUUUGCUGACCUUUAACCCUCCACCAGGAGCCAGCCACCUGCCGCUGGCCCUGCAGGCCACCCGCAUGGGAGAGGAGACCAUCCUUCAGGACUUGUCUGGGAAUCGGGUGCUGGAAGAGAGCUUAACCGGGGCCCUGGACACCCCUGCCCUGCAGAAGCGGGUGCUAACCAAUGACCUAGGGAGCCUCGGAAGCCCCAAGUGGCCCCGGGGAGAUGGAUUUCUGGGGGACCUGCAGCAUGUGAGGCUGUCUCCUCCCUUCCUGGAAUGCCAGGAGGGCCGGCUUCGCCCAGGCUGGCUCCUCACUCUUUCGGCCGCCUUCUAUGGACUCAAGCCAGACCUCAGCCCCGAGAUCAGGGGGCAGGUGCAGAUGGACAUAGAUCUUCAGAAGGUGGACAUCAACCAGUGUGCCAGCGGCCCAGGAUGGUACUCUAACACGCACCUGUGUGAUCUCAACAGCACCCAGUGCAUCCCUCUGGAGAGUCAGGGCUUUGUCCUUGGCCGCUACCUCUGCCGCUGCCAACCUGGCUUCUACGGGGCAAGCCUCUCCAGGGGGUUAGAGGAGAAUGCCACCCAGCCUACCGGGCAAUUUGGGUCCCCGCAAGGCAGCUCCGGAAGGCUGCUUCAGUGCCAGCCUUGUGCUGAGGGCUGCUCCGGCUGCAUGGAUGCCACGCCAUGCCUGGCAGAGGAGGCCCGGGCUUUGCGGGCAGCGGUGUUGGCCUGCCAGGCCUGCUGCAUGUUGACUGUCUUCCUGAGCAUGCUGGUCUCCUACCGCUGCCGCCAGAGCAAGAGGAUCCGGGCAUCGGGAGUUGUCCUGCUGGAAACCAUCCUUUUUGGAUCCCUGCUGCUUUACUUCCCUGUCUUCAUCCUGUACUUCAAGCCCAGUGUGUUCCGCUGCAUCGCUCUCCGCUGGGUCCGGCUGCUGGGUUUUGCCCUUGUCUACGGCACCGUUAUACUCAAGCUUUCCAGAGUGCUCCAGCUGUUUCUGUCUCGAACGGCCCAGCGGGGCCCCCAUCCAAGCAGCGGGCAGCAGCUCCGGCGUCUGGGGCUGCUCCUGCUGCUCGUGCUGGGCUUCCUGGCGGUGUGGACAGUGAGGGUCCUGGAGCGAGGCGGGCCGCACACCCGCCUGGUGACCCGAGGCCACACGCCCGCGGGCCGCCACUUCUACCUCUGCCAUCACGACCGCUGGGACUACACCAUGGUCGUUGCCGAGAUGCUGCUCCUCUGCUGGGGCAGCUUCCUCUGCUACGCCGCGCGGGCGGUGCCCUCCGCCUUCCACGAGCCGCGCUACAUGGGCAUCGCCCUGCACAACGAGCUGCUGCUCUCUGCCGCCUUCCAUGCAGCCAGGUUUGUGCUGGCUCCCUCCCUGCACCCGGACUGGACGCUCCUCCUCUUCUUCUUCCACACCCACAGCACUGUCACCGCCACCCUGGCUCUGCUCUUCAUCCCGAAGUUCUGGAGGCCGGGGGCUCCUCCCCGAGCGGAGAUGGUGGAGGAGGAGUUUGAGGACGAGCUGGACCUGCAGCGCUCAGGCUCCUACUUCAACAGCAGCACCGUCUCCGCUUGGAGCGAGCGCAGCCUGGACCCUGGAGACAUUCGGGAUGAGUUGAAGAAGCUCUACGCCCAGCUAGAGGUCCACAAGACCAAGGAAAUGGCUGCUAACAACCCCCACCUGCCCAAGAAGCGGGGCAACUCGCGCCAGGGCCUGGGCCGCUCCUUCAUGAGGUACCUGGCCGAGUUCCCCGAGGCCCUGGCCCGGCAGCACUCCCGGGACUCGGGCUCCCCAGGCCGCGGCAGCCUGCCCAGCUCCUCCCGCCGCAGGCUCCUCAGCUCCAGCCUCCAGGAACCCGAGGGGCCACGGGCCCUGCGCAAGUCCCGCAGCACCUACGACCACAACCACUGCAGGGAGCAGGACCCGCCUCUCCUCGACUCGCUGCUGCGGAGGAAGCUGGCCAGGAGGGCCUCCCCGGCAGAGAGCCGCGAGUUGGCAGAGGGGCCUCCUGCCCUGGGCUUCAGGUCGGCCAGCGCCCACAACCUGACAGUGGGAGAGAGGCUGCCCAGAGCCCGGCCUGCCUCCCUGCAGAAGUCGCUCAGCGUCAUGGCUGGCUCCGGGGAAAAGGCCCUGCUGGUGGCCAGCCAGGCCUAUCUGGAGGAGAGCUAUCGGCAGGCAAAGGAACGAGAGGCGAGAAAGAAGGCAGAGGCGGCCUUGGCGAGUCCAGUUCGGAGCCCAGUUCGGAGGCCAUCGGCCAGGAGGCUGGAGGGAGCUCGAGGGGCCCCUCUGUCAGCCCCACCUUCCCCUGCCAAGAGCAGCAGCAGCAUGGACAGCUCCUAUGCCCCUGGGAAGCUUCAGAAAGAGGCUGCCCGAAGGCUGACCCACUCACCCAUCCGGCACCAGGUCUCCACGCCCAUCACGGCCCUGUCUGGGGCCUGCCUGGGAGAGCCAAGGAUGCUGUCUCCCACUUCCACCUUGGCUCCAGCUCUCAUACCAGGUCCAGCCCCAGUUCUGGCCCCAGUCCCUGCCCUAGCGGCAGUCCCAGUACUCACCCAAAGCCCCAGCUUACUCACCUUCAUCUGCCCUUGGGAGAAUGCAGAGCUGCCAGUCAAGAAAGACAACGUGGCUCAAGAAGGCCCCUCAGGGCCAGAGCGAGGCAACCACUCCCCUGGCCCAGCUCGGGCAAGGCUCUGGCGGGCCCUCUCUGUCGCAGUGGAGAAAAAGGGUGCUGGGGAGAAUGGGAGGGACACGGAGGACAGGCGUCUCCAGGGGGAAGCUGAUGAUGUGGACGAGGACAGGCCCAAGAUCUUUUCUAAGUCCCACAGCCUCAAGACCCCUGUUCAGCAGGGUUCGGUGCGCAGCCUGGGACUGGCGAUCAAAGCUCUGACCCGUUCCCGGAGCACACACAGGGAAAAGGGGAGUGGGGAAGGGAGUCCUGAGAAGGACAAGGGCCGAGCUUCAGGAGAGGGGGUGGGGGCAUGCCCCAGGUCCCCCAGGCCAGGCGGGCGCAAGGUGGUGAGUAAGCAGGCCGCCCUCGCCCCCUGCGAAGAUGAGGAGUCCCUCCAGAACCAGCAGAAUGCACACACCAGCAGAAUGCUCCACGUCUGUCACCAGGAGGGCAGCAGGGAACAAGAAGACAGAGGCAGGAGGACAGCUCAGGGCCAAGGGGAGGGGACUGUGGAGAGAGCAAGUAGAACAGGGCCUGCCACACUGAGGCAAGUCAGGCAGGGCACAGCUGGGGACAAAAGUGCUGAGCAAACAAAAGAAGGCCCUGCAGGGAGGCAGGAGCUGCUCAGAGCCGGCCUCCAGCACCUGGGCAGUGCCCGCUGCAGGGUGGCGGAGGUUUGCCCCUGGGAAGUCCCCGAGUCAGAAACAAGUCUGCCUGAGAGCAACAAGGCUGAAAUCUGCCCUUGGGAGGUGAGUGGAGGCCCGGAGAAGGGAGCAUUAAGACAAGGUCUAGAUGACUCCCGAGGAGAGAGGGGGGAAGCCCCAGAAGAAUCCGAGCCUAAAGGUGUGGCUGCCCUGGCUCGGAAAAAGCCCGAGAGGCUGGUCAGGGGGCAGGAGGCAGUGUGUCCCUGGGAGAAUGCCAAUCCCAGGGACCUGUCCCCUCAGGACCCUGAGAGAACCAAGGGCAGGUCUGAGGCAGGGGGCAGUCUGGAGGCUAAAGAGGAGGAAAAGUGUCCGCAGAAAGUCACAGGCCCAGAAGCGUGUACACCUGACGUGGCCAAGGCAGAGCUCUGUCCCUGGGAGGCAAGUGAAGGAGGAGAGAAUGAGAAACCACCCCAGGAGGGAGUGAAGAAGCUGCCCCAGGAAGAGCAGACAAGUCCCAGGAAGGCAACCUCCGGGAAAGAAGAGAAACUGGGCAGAGACUUGGAGUCUCUCUGUUCAUGGGAGAGGACUGAUUUCCGUGGCCCCGUAGCAAUCUCUACGGAGGCGCCAGGAACUGCCGAGUGCCCGAGGAGCGUUGCGGAGGUGUGUCCACGGGAGGCAGGAGAGGCUCCUGCUAUCAGGAAAGCAGAGAUUUGUCCCUGGGAGCUGGGUGAUGAGGAAGUGGGGAAGGAAAUGCUACAUCAGGGGACCGGUGGAGACUCUGUCCAAGAAGAGGGUCAAGCCUCCAGAAACGGGCUCUUUGGGGAGACAGGGGGACAAACUGGGAAAGCAGUGCAGAUAUCUGGUCCACAGCAGGAGUCGCUGUGUCCCAGGGAGAGCACAGCCCCUGGGCACUCCAGCCCAGGUCUGGACAAUUCCUCCUCCAGAGCCGGCGGCCAGCUCCUCAGCAAUGGAGGAAGCAGGGCCACACAGGGAUGCCCACGGGAAGACCUCGAGCCAGAGGGAAAGGCAGAAAUCUGUCCCUGGGAGGUAAGUGAAGCAACAGAGGACUGGACAUCAGGACAGGCCCCCAAAGGAGGAGAAUCUCAAAAGGACAAGGAGAAAAUGCCUGAAACACCAGGAAUCAAAGAUGUCACAGCUUGGGGGAAGCCCGAGGGACGGCUCCAAAAGCGGGAAGCCGUCUGUCCUUGGGAGAGUGUGGACCCUGGCAGAUUCCACCCACAACCAGGUCCUCAAGACACAGAUAGACCCAAAGCCGGUUUCCAGGUGUCAGGCGGUGUGGGAAGCAAAGCUGCCGAAAUCUGUCCAUGGGACGUGGAGGACACCCUGUCUGCUGAGAGGGCAGAGAUCUGUCCCUGGGAGGUGAGUGCCGGAGCAGGGGAGGAACAAGCUCUGGGAGGUGAGGCCAUUAGGAAACUUCCAAACAUUACAGGAAAGGAUUCUGCAGGUCCUGGACCCAGUGAGGUAGCUGUUACAGCUCCAAAGAAGCCAGAGAGGCCAGCUGGGGAGCGGGAGGUGACCUGUCCGUGGGCGAGCGUGGAUCCAGGCAGCUCCUCCCAGCAUUCAGACACUGUGAACACUGACCGAUCAAAAGCUGGAUUCCAGGAACUGGAUCACGUGGCGGGCAGGCCAGCUGAGGUGUGUCCCUGGGAAGUAGAGGAAGCAUCUACCGAUGAAAGAGCCAAGAUCUGUCCCUGGGAAGUGAAUGGAGGAGCUGCUGGGAAGGGACUGGAACGAGAGGUGGGGAGUGAUUCAGCAGAGCAGAGAGAGAAAACUCCAGAAAGGGGGAGACUCACCUCCCUGCAAGAAGACAAAUCAAAAAGGGAGACAGAACUGAGUCAAGAGCAGGAAGCUAUUUGUCCUUGGGAGGACUUGAGGGGACCGUCUGCUCAGGCCCCUAAGGUCUCAGACUCACCCAGCAGCGUGAGCAGGAGAGUGGCAGAGGAACAUUCCCUGGGAGUCGAUGACGAGGUAGCGGAGAAAGGAGACCUGAUCCAAGACCCCAACACGGAUCCCCUCCAAGAACACACAGCCCACGGAAAAGCUCCAUCUUCAAAGGCAGAAGCCGCUACUGAAGACGGGGAGAAAGCAAAGGAGGAGCUCCAGUCUAUCUGUCCGUGGGAGGGCGUGGCCCCGGCAGCCUUUCCCCCCAGCCCCGAAGGUGAGUGCCCUGACCAACCGAGAGCCGGCUCUCAGAGACGGGUCAGCGUCGGGGGCAGGCGCGCUGAGGUGUGCCCCUGGGAUGCUCCUGCCUCAAAUGCCCGUCAGCCUGACAGCAGCAUCAAAGCAGAGGUCUGUCCCUGGGAGGGGACGGAAAGAAUCCCUGAAGGAGGAGUGUCAACACGGAGCGGAAAAGGGGACCCUCAAGAGGAGGGGAAAGCUCCAGAAAAACCAGAGCCCCAAGUUGGGGCAGUUGAGGAAAAGCCCGAGAGGGCAGACAGGAAGCAGGAGGCUGUGUGUCCCUGGGAGAGUCAAGACAGAGGAGGUCUGUCCCCACACCCAGCCCCACGAGCCUCUGAGGCAGCAGGCAGCGUGGAGGCCAGCGGGGCAGAGGUGUGUCCAUGGGAAGCGGUCGAGGCUCUCUCUGCCAAGAGAGCAGAAAUCUGCCCUUGGGAGAUGAGCACAGCGGCCGCAGAGGAAGAGGGCCCCGAACAGGAGGUGGACAGAGCACUCCAAGGGCGAGGAGAGGUGUUCCUUCCAAAGGCAGGGUCUGGCGGGGCUGAAGAACACUUUUCAAAAGCAGCAGCCAAAGGCAGCAGAGAGCAGGAGCCAGUCUGCCCCUGGGCAGGCAUGGAUUCAGGGGGACUCCUCCCCCAGCCAGAUGCUCUGGACACUGACCAAGCCAAAGUCAGUCCCCAUGGAGCAAGGAGUGUGGGGAGCAGGGUGGCAGAGCUGUAUCAGUGGGAAGUCACAGAUCCAGAAGGAAAUAAAAUAAAAGGCACCAUGGCAGACAUCUGUCCUUGGGAGGAAACGGGAGCCCCAUCUGAGGAAUCUGGCCUCCCGGCUUUAACAGCAACGCAGACAGAAACAUUUUCCCCCGGAGGCCCUGAGAACCCACCAGGCCUUUCCAUCCAGAGGCCUCUGGGUAGCUUCCUUCCAGAGAGCAAGUGCUCCCGCCCCCAAAUGAGCCAGCCAGCCAGCUCUUCCACUCGGGAAGGUGUCAGAGAAUUCCAAGGGCCUUCAGGGCUUGGGCCAAGAACCAGCUUAGCUGCAGGGCCAACGCUCCAGGAAGCUGAGGCUCAGAAUUCUUCUUCCCUAACUGAACACCAAGGAGAAGUGGCUUCCAAAGAUCCACAUGAAGAACUCGUCCCUCCAACUGUCUAUCCUUGGGAUUGGGAGUAA